GGCAAGGGCAAGCGCAAGACUGGAGGCUCCGCAGCGGACAAGGGCAAGGGCAUGGGCAAGGCUGGGGCCGCCGCAGCAGGCAAGGGCAAGGGCAAGACUGGAGGUGCCGCGAUGGGCAAGAGCAAGGAUCCGACGUCGACAGGAUCCGCGGCGGGCAAGGGCAAGGUCAAGGACGCGAUCUCGAGCAAGGGCAAGGGCAAGGACAAGUCGACUGAAGGCUCCGCAGCAGCGGGCAAGGGCAAGGGCAAUGUCAAGGACGCGAUGAUCUCGGGCAAGGGCAAGGACACGAUGAUCUCGGGCAAGGGCAAGGGCGCCGUGAUCUCGGGCAAGGGCAAUGGCUCAGGCAAGGUGCAGAAGACGAUCUCGAAAGAGCACGAUCCAGAGGUUGACGACGAGGACGGCGAGGGGGCAGAUGCCGAGGUGGAAGCUCUAGACGAGGACAACGAGGCGCCAGAGGUGGCCCAGGACGAGACCAAGACGUCCUACGUCGGGGAGUCGGGGCAGGAGGUUUGGCUGCACCGCAGGCGCAGGGAGAGCGAGAAGACCACCUGCAUCGACUUCAAAAGCUGGGAGCCUGGAGGUUUCAAGCAGUUUGUCAUGCUGACGGACAGGAUGGCGGAGAAGUGCAUGGGCCCGCUAGGCGUCGUCGACGGCAGGGGGGCGUCGCGGCAGCUCAUGCGGAUGGUUUGGGCCGAGCUGAAGGCCAAGAAGAUCACCGACAAAGAGCAGGCCAAGCAGGUCAG